GCUCCAGAGAGCCUACUGAAAUGACUGCACCGCCCUCCUCUCGGCGCGCAUGCCCUUCCACUCGUUCGCUUCUGGCGGCGGCGGUCCUAAACCAAAAAGCUGGUCAGCUCAGGCUCCUGUUGCCGCGAAGAUGGAGAAAUGUAUUCAGGGCAGAGUCCUGCUCCUGACCAUUUGUGCGGCUGGCAUUGGUGGGACUUUUCAGUUUGGCUACAACCUCUCUAUCAUCAGUGCCCCGACGUUGCACAUCCAGGAAUUCAUCAAUGAGACAUGGUGGUUGCGUACUGGCCAGCCAUUGCCCGACCACCUAGUUCUGCUUGUGUGGUCCCUCAUUGUGUCUUUGUAUCCCCUGGGGGGCCUUGUUGGAGCACUGCUUGCCGGGCCCCUGGCCAUCAUGCUGGGAAGGAAGAAGUCCCUCCUGGUGAACAAUAUCUUUGUGGUGGCCGCGGCGACCCUGUUUGGCUUCAGCCGCAGAGCAGGCUCCUUUGAGAUGGUCAUGCUGGGCAGGCUGCUCAUGGGAGUGAGUGCAGGUGUGAGCAUCAAUGUCCAGCCCAUGUACCUCGGGGAAAGCGCCCCCAAGGAGCUCCGAGGAGCUGUGGCCAUGACUUCAGCCAUCUUCACUGCCCUGGGGAUCAUGAUAGGCCAGGUGGUUGGACUCAGGGAGCUCCUGGGAGACCCACAGGCCUGGCCACUGCUGCUGGCCAGCUGCCUGGUGCCUGGGGUGCUCCAGCUUGCCUCCCUCCCUCUGCUCCCUGAGAGCCCACGCUUCCUCCUCAUUGACCGUGGAGACAUGGAGGCCUGUCUGGCAGCGCACAGGUCAGUUACUAAGGGCUUCUUUCUUUUGCAGUGUGCGGUGAUCGAGAGGGUGGGGCGCAGGAAGCUGCUGAUAGGGGGGUAUUGCCUGAUGACCUGCUGGGGAAGUAUCUUCACCACAGCCCUGUGCCUCCAGAGCUCCCUCCCCUGGAUGCCCUACCUGGCCAUGUCCUGUGUCUUUGCCUUCAUCCUCAGCUUUGGCAUUGGCCCUGCCGGAGUGACAGGGAUCCUGGCCACGGAGCUGUUUGACCAGAAGGCCCGGCCUGCUGCCUAUAUGGUCUGCGGGAUGCUCAUGUGGACCAUGCUCUUCCUGGUUGGGCUGGGAUUUCCCUUCAUCAUGGAGGGUUUGUCCCACUUUCUGUAUGUGCCUUUCCUCAGUGUCUGUGUCUGUGGGGCCAUCUGUACUGGCUUGUUUCUCCCCGAGACCAAAGGCAAGACCUUCCUGGAGAUCUCUGAGGAGUUUCACAGACUCAACUUCCCUAGGCAGAGCCAGGGCCCCGAGUGGCUGGGCCCGGAAGUCAUUCUGGCCACAGAGCUGUAGUUCUGUACGUGCUGCGGGAUCCAGAUCCCGCUGCAGCUCUCUCUCUGCUUCCUGCCCAGGGUCCCAGCCCUCUGCGUUCCCUCCCUCCUGCAUUCAUUUGUUGAAUGUGUGCCUAUGUAGCACCUACUGUGUGCAGGCUUGAUGCUAGGUGCUUAGCAAUCCGUGGUGGGUCGGAGAGAUGGGAUCAGGACCUACUGGUGCUCCCCAGCUAGAGGUGGUUAACUAAUAAAGCAACGGAUAAAAACUGUUGCAAAUUGGGGAAAUGCGGUAGGAGAAAAUACAGAUUAUGAAGUGAGUGCAUACUCGGGAGCCUGGCCUAUCGGAGGAGGGUGGUCAGAAAAGAAUUUUCUGGGGGCAUCGGCUGGCUUGGUCAGUAGAGCAUGCGACUUUUGAUCUCAGGGUUGGAAGUUUGAACUCUAUGUCGGGUGUAGAGAU